GUCAGUGCAGUCCAAUUUACAGGCUGGAGCAGCCGCUGCUUACUGCAUUUCCCUGAAGUAUUACAUUAUUUCCACUCCUUGCAAACUUUAUCAUCUUUGUUGCCGUGAGUCCGACUAAGAUCCAACAGAGGAACAAAGCACUAAGCAAAAAAGGACCACAGAAGGGACCAUGGGAACAGAAAAAAGGCAGUAACAGAAGUCUAAAGAUCCUUGAAGGUCCUUCACCUACUUCACAGCUCUGUCAAGAGCCAGUCAGCCAUGAAUAGAAUGGUACAUAUUUUAGAGAAUACGUGGAAAUCAAUAUGCAGAGCAAGGGCACAAUCACAUGCACCCAAUUGCUCUUGCAGUUUCUUCUGCUCUGGGUGCUUAAUGGGAAGUCACGCACUGAAGAGGACAUCAUAAUCACAACCAAGAAUGGAAAAGUCAGAGGGAAGAACUUGCCAGUUCUUGGUGGCACCGUAACAGCCUUUCUUGGAAUUCCAUAUGCACAGCCACCUCUCGGUAGACUUCGAUUCAAAAAGCCGCAAUUCUUGACCAAGUGGUCUGAUGUGUGGAAUGCCACAAAAUAUGCGAAUUCUUGCUAUCAGAACAUAGAUCAAGGUUUCCCAGGCUUCCCUGGAUCAGAGAUGUGGAACCCAAAUACUGAUCUCAGUGAGGACUGUUUAUAUCUGAAUGUGUGGAUUCCAGCACCUAAACCAAAAAAUGCUACAGUAAUGAUAUGGAUCUAUGGUGGUGGUUUUCAAACUGGAACAUCAUCUUUACCUGUUUAUGACGGCAAGUUUCUGGCUCGAGUUGAAAAAGUUAUUGUGGUUUCAAUGAACUAUAGAGUGGGUGCCCUAGGAUUCUUAGCUUUACCAGGAAAUCCUGAGGCACCAGGGAACAUGGGCUUAUUUGAUCAACAGCUGGCACUUCAGUGGGUCCAAAAAAAUAUAGCAGCUUUUGGUGGAAAUCCUAAAAGUGUGACUCUCUUUGGAGAAAGUGCAGGAGCCGCUUCAGUUAGCUUUCAUUUGUUUUCUCCUAGAAGCUACCCAUUGUUUACCAGAGCAAUUCUGCAAAGCGGGUCCUCUAAUGCCCCUUGGGCAGUAAAAUCUCCUGAUGAAGCUAGGAACAGAACAUUGGUUUUAGCUAAAUUUAUUGGUUGCUCUAGAGAAAGUGAGACUGAGAUAAUCAAAUGCCUUCGAAAUAAAGAUCCCCAGGAAAUUCUUCAGAAUGAAGUAUUGGUUGUCCCCUCUGAUACUCUCCUGUCCAUCAACUUUGGUCCAACUGUGGAUGGAGAUUUUCUCACUGACAUGCCAGACACACUACUCCAACUUGGACAGUUCAAAAAAACCCAGAUCUUGGUGGGUGUCAAUAAAGAUGAAGGGACAGCGUUUUUAGUAUAUGGUGCUCCUGGUUUCAGCAAAGACAACAACAGUAUCAUAACUAGGAAAGAAUUUCAAGAAGGUUUAAAAAUGUUUUUUCCAGGAGUGAAUGAAUUUGGAAGGGAAUCAAUCAUUUUCUAUUACAUAGACUUAUUAGAUGAUCAGAGAGCUGAAAACUACCGUGAGGCCUUGGAUGAUGUUCUUGGGGAUCACAAUAUCAUAUGCCCUGCCUUGGAGUUCACCAAAAAGUUCUCAGAAUUGGGAAAUAAUGCCUUUCUCUAUUAUUUUGAACACCAAUCCUCCCAACUUCCUUGGCCAAAAUGGAUGGGAGUGAUGCAUGGUUAUGAAAUUGAAUUUGUCUUUGGUUUACCUCUCGAAAUACUUAAUUACACAAAAGCUGAGGAGAUUUUGAGUAGAUCGAUGAUGAAACGCUGGGCAAACUUUGCAAAAUAUGGAAAUCCAAAUGGGACCCAGAACAAUAGCACAAGAUGGCCUGCCUUCGAAAGCACUGAACAAAAAUAUUUUACUUUGAAUACAGAGACACCAAGAAUAUACACUAAACUACGUGCUCAACAAUGCCGAUUCUGGACAUUGUUUUUUCCCAGAGUCUUGGAAAUGACAGGAAGUAUUGAUGAAGCAGAAAGGGAAUGGAAAGCAGGAUUCCAUCGCUGGAACAAUUACUUGAUGGACUGGAAAAAUCAAUUUAAUGAUUAUACUAGCAAGAAAGAAAGCUGUGCAGGUCUCUAAUUAAUGCAUUCAACCUUUAUAGAAUGUUUGUUUUCCUAUAGAUCAAGGCAAAAAUAUCAGAAGCUCUCUUACACACCUAGUAAGAAAGCUAUUAUAUAGCUGAAACAAAAAUGCCAGAAGGAUAAUAUCGAUUCCUCAUAUUUUUCAUUUAGUAUUGUACCUAGCAUUUCAAAACCCAAAUGGCUAAAACAUGUUUAAUGAAAUUUCACAAUAUAAAGUUUGACAAUUAAUUAUAUGCAUAAUAAAAUGAUUUGCAACUUCAAA